AUGCCCCGCUUGCGCUCUUUGAUGGUAGAUAUUGACACGGAUUAUGAACGUAAGUUUGGGGAUUCGCUGGAUCAGUAUAAAAAUGUGGUGAUGGAGCAGGCAUAUCACGCGAAGUGGAGAUAUGUGUUCCUGGCGGCCGCCUUGUUUUGUAUUCUUAUGUUUCUUCCAAUUCUAACGGAGCAUCCACCGGCACACAACUGCGUAGCACUCUUCGGCCUAAUUGUAUCCCUGUGGAUUACUGAGGCAAUUCCAUUUUUUUGUACGGCGAUGCUUAUUCCAAUUGUGGCCGUCCCUCUUCGUAUCAUUGCCGAUCCGCAGACGCACGAAGUUGCUACAUCUUCCGUGGCCUCUGUUAUCAUACUUGGGAAGGUCAUGGAUCAUGUUCAGAUUCUUGUACUUGGCGGCCUAACAAUUGGAAAGGCCUUGUCACGCACAAACCUGGAGGCCUACGCUGCGACAGCGCUUUUUCGCCUUACAGCUCAUCGGCCUACUCUUUACCUUUUGGGUGUAAUGCUGAUGAGUAGCGUUUUGUGUGCAUUCGUUUCAAAUGUUGCGGCUCCGUUACUUGUGUUGGGUGUCAUUCAGCAAACCUUAUGGGAAUUUCCUGAGGACACAGAGGCGCCUCACGGUAUUCUUCUUGGGUUGGCUUUUGCAUGCAACAUCGGUGGCAUGCUAUCUCCCAUUGCCUCACCACAAAAUGCAGUAGCGAUGUCUGUGUUACGUUUUCGUAAUGUGUCAUUUGCAGCGUGGGUUGCAGUUGCGCUUCCUAUAGUACUGUUUAGCAUUAUUGCAGCGUGGGCCAUUAUUCUUGUAGUGUGGAAGCCGUUUAAGGAUGUGAAGGGAAUUCCUCUGCAAGUAGUUAGUACGGAGCCGGGGAAAGACCCCAGCGUUGCAGAUCGUGUUUUAGUUGUGGUUGUAUCUCUGAUAACCAUCAUCCUCUGGGUUAUUUCACCUGAAGUUCUCUUUGGUGAUACGGGCGUGGUGGCAUUAAUCCCUAUUGUCGUUUUCUUUGGCACAGGCAUUCUUGCCAAAGAGGACUUCAACACACUGUCGUGGCACCUGAUGUUCCUCCUGGCUGGAGGCAACAUGUUGGGCCUCUGCGCACACGAUUCAAAGAUGCUGGAUAUUCUUGCCAACAACCUGCAUGAGACGCUGCACAGUCAGUCCCCUUAUUUGACGCUUGUGCUCAUCAUGGCUGUGGUGGCUCUUGUGACCACAUUUGUCUCGCACACCGUCACUGCCAUGAUAUUGCUGCCUAUCAUUGCCAAAAUAGGCUUCCUGCUCCCCACGCAAGAGGGCAUUUUUGCCGUUACUCCCGAGACUCUCGUUCUACUAAGUGCCUUGAUGUGUUCUGGUGCCAUGGCCUUCCCUAUUAGCUCCUUCCCGAACGUCAAUUCACUCCUCGCGGAAGAUUCGUCGGGUCGGCCGUACCUCAAAGCAAAAGAUUUCCUUUUCUGUGGCACCCUCAUUACACUUCUGUUCUUUUUCUGCCUUGUCACCUGGAUGGUCCCACUUGCCUACGCGGUGCUUGAAGGUCUACAGUAG